CCAUUUUUCCUAUUAACUUAACAGUCUCGUUGGUUGUCUCUGCAAAUAACAAUUCACAGUGACACAUGACAUUUAAGUAACGUUAGUUGUCAUUUGCCAUUAUUAUUAUUGGUAAAUUUUUCUUAUAUUUUCCAAAGUUCAGAGUUAAAAUUAUUUUGUGGAGGAGUUGUAAUUAUUCAAAAUGGUAAAUUUUCCUCCUGUUCCGUCGGAGGUCAAACCUUUAGCUCAUCUGUUGAAACUGGCAGAUGAACAUGACGAAAGAAAUGUUGUAGUUGCUUAUUGGGCCCGGAUGUCAGCCUGUCUGUUGGCCUUACGUAUUGUUCCGGGAAAAAAAUCGCCAGAAACUGCAGAACUUAUUCGCUCACUCCUUGAUUGGCUGGAAAAAACCAAGAAAGCAAAUGGUGAUAAUGAGGGAAUUACAAGCGAGACAAUUGCACAGUCACUUAUUGAAGAAUAUGCAUUACGUUUAUUUGAGUAUGCUAAUCAGCAAGAUCUAGCACAGAUUUUCAACAAGAAUACUGUUAAAACUUUUUAUACGGCAGGCAUGUUGAUGGAUGUUCUAGAUCAGUUUGGUCCAAUUCCAGAUGAUAUCAGAGAGAAACGCAAGUAUGCAAAGUGGAAAGCAGCUUACAUUCACAAGUCUCUUAAAAAUGGAGAAAUGCCAUUACCAGGACCUCCAAAGUCUUUUGAAGAGGAGGAUUCUGCUAUAUUACAUAACAGUAAAAUACCUGAAGAGGAACUUGCAACCUAUACAAAGUAUACCGGACCUAUUGACUUCGAGGAUUUGAAAAAGCCUUUGACCCCUGCAGUGCCUCCUCCAGAUAACCUCGUACCGUUCAACCCGCCGAAACAAUCCGAUGACAACAGCUUCGCUCACGCUCCGGCGUCUUCACCAAUAACACCACUCUUUCCUACGAAUCCCACCCCUUUCUCUACCCCCACUCCCGCCCCUAGUGUUGCUUCAGUCACACUUCCAGAAAUUGAAAAAGAGCCAGGAACUGGCCAUCAAAUUUCUGUACCUUCCGGCCAGUUCACUCCUAGUCCAGAACAAAUCCAAAAGGCCCAGAAAUUCUGCAAAUUCGCUACUUCUGCCCUCAAUUAUGAUGAUGUCAAGAAUGCUUUGGAUUAUCUUCACAAGGCCAUGAAUCUUCUAGAACAAGGCAAAGAAGACUAAAAUAACUUUAUUUGAGAAUUCCAUCUAGAUAUACAUAUAUCUUCAUUAAAAUAUUAUGUGAUGAACAUGUGCUUUAUGUUAGGUAAAUGUCAGUAGAAUGAAGUUUCACAUUUAUAUUCUUUCAAAAUAAUCAGUUCGUACUGGUUUUGUGGUGUAACCUGAAUUUUCUAAUCACCACCUGAAACUCCUGUAGCAUAUAUGAUAUUGAAAAUUUUAAAAAUCUCUUUCACGUUUUUUAAAACUAUGCUAAUUUAUCAAUAACACUCAAGUUAUGACUGUAAACAUUGAUCAAUCAAAGACUCUCCAUUUAUUACUUAUGUGCAGCUAUGACAUAUUAUAUUUGGUUGUAGUUGAGUGCCGAAAGCAAAUUAUGAAUGGUCCCUAACUCUGACUCUGAGUAAAUAUUAGUAUACUGAAAGAUUCAACUAGGUUUAUCAACUGAACUUUGCCUUUUGAUUAAAUAUCAGAAAAUUUUCAGGUUAUAUCACAAUGUUACUUUUCUAAUUAAAUGUUGAAUUUUAAAUGGUUUUAUGAACUUUACUUUCACAACAUAUCUUUUAGAUAAUAACCUAUACCUUUCAUUAGAUUUUUUUUUUCAAAGGCUGUUUUUAUUUCUGUAAUAUUUUGAAUAUCUUAGGCUUUAGGUAAUACGAUAAUACUAGUUUUGUAUUUGUUGUUGAAUGAAUGAAAUAAAUGCUUCUAUAUUU